AUGCACCUGUACCCGAAGCGUGCUCUGCUCGAAGGGGCGGAGGUUGAGAUUUUCAAGCUCCUCUCUUUCUGUGCUACUCCCGAGCAAUGGGCGGAUUGGCUCCGGGCUCCACUCGAGCAUGCCGCAGCCCGCGGCAAUAUCGGCCUUGUCGAGAGACUGCUCGAGGCCGGCGCCGACGGCAGAGCAGGGUGGAGAGGGUGCCGCGGCCGGACAAUGCUCGACGCCGCUGCCCUAGGUGGAAACGCGGAUGUGGUGACGAAGCUGCUUGAAUCAGGAUGUGCGCCGGAUGUCAAUGUGGUAUCGGUGUCGUCGAAGAGAUCGGCACUGCACCUGGCCGUUGUAUGCGGUCACGAAGCGGCAGCGAGGACGCUCAUGAUUGCUGGAGCCAACAUCCGCCGGGUCGACCCGGGGGAUCAGUGUGUGCCCUUCCAUGUCGCCGCUGAAGGGGGACACGGCGACCUGGUAGGUAAUCUCUUGAUCGGUGGAGCUUGUCCGAAUUCUCGCACCAGAUUCGGCCGUACUCCGCUGCAUGUUGCUGCUGCAGUUGGCAACAGUCGUGUCGUGUCAACCCUGCUCGGCGACACCAGCACCUCUAUCAACGCUCGAGACAACGAUUUGCAUUCCCCACUGAUGCUGGCGUCUGCAAAUGGCCACCGUUCUACAGUCGAGGCUCUCCUGCGGGCUGGUGCCGACACCACCCUACGUUGCUACUCUGGGGGCGUUUCAGACAUGGCGGCGCUCGAGAUGGCGGGGGGUGAGGUGGUAGACGUUCUUCUCGAUGCUGGGGCCGAUGUCAAUGCUAAAACGGCGGGUGGAUCGAUACCUCUCCACGCGUCCGCCGUACACGGACAUGACGAAACCAUGGUUGCCCUUUUGAAGCGGGAAGGCAACUUCGAUGAGCAGGACAACGCUGGUCGGUCGGCCUUGCAUUGGGCGUGCAUUGGUUGUUUGUCAGGUACAGGCAGAACUGCUGUUGACCUCCUGUUGAGAUGGGGGGCGUCGGAAACUGCCCUCGACACCCGCGGUGAAACACCCUCCGACUACCUUAGGAGGGGUGCUGCAGCAGUUGCAAGCAGCAAUGUGACGCCCCGGAACUCGGAAAAGAUGCAACGGGAGAUGCAACGCGCACUAGUGCUGCUGGCGCGUGCUCCGGCGGACAGGGCGUGGAGGCGCCGCUGCUGGCUGGUGAUGCUUCGCGCGAGGGCGGGGAGGGAGAGGGAAGCGCUGGUGGGUCACGACGAGGACGACGGCAGCUACAAAGUGGGGGAAACGGGUGCCGGCGGCAGCGGGGGUGGGCCUAUGGAUGGCGAAAGGGGCGGUGCCGGCAGGUCAUGA